GGGCGGGGCGCGACGGGUUGUGCGCGCCCACUCGGCUCCAGGCGGCCAGCGCUCGCGGGCCCAGGCCGCCCGGCUCGACCCGAGCACCGCGGCGGCGCAGCGGCGGGAGCCCAGGAGAAACAGCUGCAGUCAGGAGACAUUCCCGCGGCCCCCGCUGCCCGCCCCAGGCUCGGUGUAUGGGGCCGCGGCCCGCCAACCUUCGCUGAGACCGUCCCCGGGGUGCGGUGGCCUCGGGCUCCAGAGCCCGCCCCGCCACCCGAGGGCUGCGCGCGGCCCCCGGCCUGCUCGCCGCGCGACUCCGCGCGUCCCGGGCCAGGAAGUGGCGGCGCCGAGCGCCAUGGCCCACUCCCCGGUGCAGUCGGGCCUGCCGGGCAUGCAGACCCUGAAAGCAGACCCAGAAGAGCUUUUUACCAAGCUGGAGAAAAUUGGAAAGGGCUCCUUUGGUGAGGUGUUCAAAGGCAUCGACAAUCGGACUCAGAAAGUGGUUGCCAUAAAAAUCAUUGAUCUGGAAGAAGCGGAGGACGAGAUAGAGGACAUUCAACAAGAGAUCACAGUGCUGAGCCAGUGUGACAGUCCGUACGUCACCAAGUAUUAUGGAUCCUAUCUCAAGGAUACUAAAUUAUGGAUAAUCAUGGAGUAUCUCGGUGGAGGCUCUGCCCUGGAUCUGUUAGAACCUGGCCCUUUAGAUGAAAUUCAGAUUGCAACCAUUCUACGAGAGAUUCUGAAAGGACUUGAUUAUCUACACUCAGAGAAGAAAAUCCACAGAGAUAUUAAAGCGGCCAAUGUUCUGCUCUCUGAACAUGGAGAGGUGAAGUUGGCUGACUUUGGAGUGGCUGGCCAGCUGACGGAUACCCAGAUAAAAAGGAACACCUUCGUGGGCACUCCCUUCUGGAUGGCGCCUGAGGUCAUCAAGCAGUCAGCCUACGACUCAAAGGCGGACAUCUGGUCCCUCGGCAUCACAGCCAUAGAACUGGCCAAAGGCGAGCCGCCACAUUCUGAGCUGCACCCCAUGAAGGUGCUGUUCCUCAUCCCAAAGAACAACCCUCCCACGCUGGAGGGCAGCUACAGCAGGCCCCUCAAGGAGUUCGUGGAGGCCUGCCUGAACAAGGAGCCCAGCUUUAGGCCCACUGCUAAGGAGUUAUUGAAGCACAAAUUUAUAAUCCGCAAUGCAAAGAAAACGUCCUACCUGACUGAGCUCAUCGACAGGUACAAGAGGUGGAAGGCGGAGCAGAGUCACGAGGACUCCAGCUCGGAGGACUCGGAUGUGGAGACAGACAGCCAGGCGUCUGGAGGCAGCGACUCUGGGGACUGGAUCUUCACCAUCCGGGAGAAAGACCCCAAGAAUCUGGAGAACGGAACUCUUCAGCCCUCAGAUUUGGAAAGAAAUAAGAUGAAAGACUUCCCAAAGAGGCCCUUCUCUCAGUGCUUGUCCACAAUCAUUUCUCCUCUGUUUGCGGAGCUGAAAGAGAAGAGCCAGGCGUGCGGAGGGAACUUGGGGUCAAUAGAAGAGCUGCGGGGAGCCAUCUACUUGGCGGAAGAGGCCUGCCCUGGGAUCUCCGACACCAUGGUGGCACAGCUUGUACAACGGCUGCAGAGAUAUUCUCUGAGCGGUGGAGGAGCCUCAGCGCACUGAAAGCCCAUGGCGUCCCGGUUGGUUUUUCCUUUCUUCUUCAUCUUCCUUCUUUUUAAAAGUCAACGAGAGCCUUUGCCGACUCUGCGAAGAGGUGUCACGGAGGGGCCCACCCUCCCCUAGCGCCGGCACCUAUCCAGGGACAGCCUCGUCGUGCCACAGCCAGAUGGAGUCUUCUGAUAGGGUGGGGGAGGGUCUUCUCCUUCAAGCAAUUAUUUUAUUUUUUUAUCGUUUUUAAUUUUAAUCAUAGUGCACAUAUUCAAAGAAAGUAUCUUUAAACACAAACAGCCCUGAAGUGUAUAUUUGGAUUGUUCUAAGGCAGUUGAAGACGCAACCUCAGGUAUCUCUUUGUAUUGAUAGCUCCUCCCCCGGGAGACGGAGAGUCGCUCUGGUGGAUCGGUGUACAGAUUGUAUAUAGCGUCAUUUUUACCGAAACCCUUUUGGCGUGCAUAAGGAUCACUGUGUACACGUUGGCCAAGUGCUUCUGUAGAUAAUGUCUGUGGAGUAAAUAUUUGACAGGCCAGAACUUGAGUCUUAUUGCCUUGCCUUUAUUACGUGUAAAUUUGAAUUUCGUGACCAGUGAUUUGGAUUUUAUUUUGUAUUUACAGGGUCUGUCAUUAAUAAUAAUUAUCCCCCCCCCUCGUGGAACACUCCCAUUUGUACCUCAACAGAUGCAAAUUUCCCUCUCGUUCACCCUACGCCCCUUUUGGUACACUUAGAAGUUUUCCUUUUUCCAUCAAUGGUACUGUUUCUUAGUGUUUUCAAUUGGAACAUAUCUUGUCUCACAGAGCUUUAAAUUAUUCUUUAAGUUUCUUCCGGAUGAAGUGCUCUCAUCUAACACCUGUGUUGGGUUGUGCUGCCACGUCUGUACCAGAUGUCCUGUCUGACAUCUUCCAUUGAAUCUUGUAGUACAACCUGCGUAUCAUCUUUCCCACCUCAAAGUGUCUGAAUGCUUACACAAAUAAAUUUUAUAACUCACUCAUUUUGCAUACUAUUCUUGAAACAUGGCUCCACAGGGCAGAUGAGGAUCUGCUCUGUGUAUGGUUGAGGAAGCGUGUGUGUGUUGAGACAUGUUGAAAGACUCCAGGAAAAAGUGCCCAGAUGUCAAACAGCCAAAUGUCCAGGUUAUCUCCCUAUGCAAUUUGUGUGAUUGGUUCCUGAGUUAUGACCGAUGUUGCAGGUUUGUGAAACUGCUGGCCUCUUGCUGGGGACUUGGAAGGAUGGUUUUGCCUCUGCUCAGGGAGCUGGGUCUGCCAGCCAAGCUCUCUGUUCUUGUAUAUGGCAGAGAUCCCUUUGCAGAGUGGGAAUCCCCUGGUUCUCAGAGCCCGUCUUGCCAGUCUCACUCAGACCUGUGUAGUGUUUUUGUUUGUUGAAGUUAAUUAUUGUCCUCCUGUUGAAGUGUUAGGUCUUGAGAAAGACAAAGGGUUUUUGGAGCAGGAACUUUGGGUGAACUUGGUGACAUCAGCUCGACCUCGUGCUGUAGUGUUGCAGGAAGGCAGGCCAAGGCUAGAAGUGUUGGGUGUGAGACAAUUGCUUAGGUUUAUUAAAUGGGGACUAUUAAAUUGUGAUAGUCUAUUAGAAGUAGUAGAUUUUGGGCUGGAGUGAAAAUUUUAUCAAGGAUACAUUUUGGCUAGGGGAAAUAGACACAAUUGUUUUUUUUUAAAGAGUCUAUGGGUCAUGUGUGCAGUUCCCUCAAAGACCAGAAGAGGGUAUGAGAUACCUCUCCUGGGGACUGUAGUCACAGGUGAGCUGCCCUGUGCAUGCUGGGAACUGAAUCUGGGUGUCCACAAGAACAGCCUGUGUUCUUAACUGCUGAGCCAUCACUCUGGCCCCAGUACAGUGUUAUUUUAUACCAAGAAUGUUACCUGGAACAAUAAUUUGAGGAUAUUUUGUGUUUCUAGAGUACUUUGCUUUGGAGUUUUUUUGUUUUUCUCUUUUCUGUGCGAGGCUUGAUGUGUAAACCAAAGGCUGUUGCAGGAAAGUCACCAGAUGAACCUGCUGUGCGGAGAGCUGUUGACCUGAAGGGUGUCCCCAGGGACUACAGGCAUGUCAAUGCAGAGAGCUCGUCAGUCUUACCAGCGGGUCGUGCUACAGUAGCGAAGCCAUGGUCUUUUUUUUUCCCCCCCAGUGCUGGUACAUGAGCCAGGACUUCUGUGUGCUUGGGUCAGUGCUUUCCUGGGCUUCCCCUGCAGUCCCUGCCCUCCAUCUUUAAAAAUGUAACAGUAUGGCUGAGCUGCUGAGAGGACCAGAUACUAUUUAAGCAUAAGCUUAUGACGUGAAUGUAGGCCGAUCCUCUGCACUCAGUCGGCCACAAGGCACGGUUCCCAUCUCCUGUGAAAGCAACAGGUGGUUCUUUGGGAGUUUAUUGGAAACCUUGCUGGGGAUGUGGGGUUGACAGUUUUAAAGUGGAUUGUCUGGUUAUAUAGUCUCCUCUGUGUUGUACACUGUAGCACAAAAUAAAUUAGAUGUUCUGUGGACGUUUCGUUUGGCUCUGCAAGCUGUAUUCAUGUGUUCACUUCUAGUUCUUUAUUCAGAGCAGGACCUAUCUCAGAACAGCACUGGUACCCGUUUCACAUCAUGGCCACUGUGGGUGAGCUCAGCAUCACCCAGAAGUCCCUCCACAGUGUCGUAUCACGGCAACCAUGCCACCAGUCUGGGAAAAUGAGCACCUAGAAGAGCAGUGAGGCAGGCUGACUGCUGAGCUCUGGCUUCUGGGACAGGUUGUCCUUUGGGUGGUCCGUGCUGGCCCUCGUGAGUGCUGAGAUUGCAGGCGUGCCCCAUGUUGGCGUCCGUGAUGGCUUUUCCCCAUUAUUGCUGUCCCAGUGAUGUGGAAUCACCUGUGCAGACUGCGAGAUAGUAGGCUCCUUCCUGAGCUGCUUGGCAUGGUUCCGGGUUCUGUAUGUUGUGUUUUAUACUAUUCUUUGGCAAAACCUGUAAUCAUAUAUGCAUUACAUUUCUUAAAAAACCUGGCUUCUGUGUUUCUGCUACAAAAUAUGGCAAUGAAGGUGGAUUCCUGAGCACGCAUAUUGUCGUGCGAGGUCAAUAAAGCUCUGGAAAGCUGU